AUGAAGAUUGCCAGAGGCGUCAUCAAUUCCUCGUCCAAAAUCCAGUCAUUCGAUCAUUUGUACUGUUGGGGUUCCAAACCUGCUUCUGGCAAGGUGGUACUUGCCAUUCUCCAACUCCCGUUCUGUCACUUGGAGGAAUUCUUCCUCUCUUACAAUUCGUACGUUCAGGAUUGGGGUGGCUUUAGCGGUGAAAUGAAGGAUGCACUCUCGACUCUCAUCCAUUCACCCACCCUCAAAAUCCUCUCCCUCUAUAUGAUCGACAAUGUACCAAUUACCCUCUUCCUUGGCAUUGUCCACUUCACGCAAUUGCAUCUAAAUCAUGUCUCCCUCAACUACUCUGAUGGCGAGCACCCAAGCUCUCUGACACCGAAGGGAGUGGCGACAACGGCUUCUCAUACAGUGAUUGACUGA